AUGUUCGCCUCUACUGCUCGCCGCGCUGCGGCUCAGGCCUCUAUCCAUGCGCCCAAGUACUACAUUCCCCGCACCGCUGCCGGUAUGACCCUUGGCACAGCUGUCCAAUAUGGCUCUGUCGCCGCUGGUUUCGGUGUUGCUCUCGGCGCUGGUGCCCUCUUCCUCUUCGGCGAGGUCCCCCGUGUGCGCAACGACAUCCUCCGCAAGGUUCCUUUCCUCGAUAACUACUACGACCGCCGCAUCGCCCCUGAGGACAACCCCUUCUAA